AUGGCCUAUAGAAUCGGCUGUCGCAUCCCACCACUGGACAAGGACCCAGACAACCUGAUGCUGCAGAUCUUGCACGCUGAGAAUCCCUUUCUGAGGAUGGGGGAGUCCAGGCUGUCUUUUCUGGACAGUUGCAGAGGCAGCUUUGCCCACUCUGUGGUGAAGAGCCGUGGUGACAAGCUGACGGCCUGUUUGAAGAUUCUGGUGGCCAGUGCCAAAGUUCAGAAAUUGGAAGCCAGGGAGCAGUUAGCUUUAAUUAUGAUUGCAACGUACCUUCGCUCUGUGCAAUUUGGUGAGUUCUUGGUGGAUGAGUUGUCGGCUCGUCGGCCCUUGGCUUUGCUUCCGCUCGUUCAAAAGUUCUUCGAAGUCACCCAUGGGGUUGCCCAGCGAAAAGCUUUCCUGCCGUUCCGAGUUAUUUCCAAAAGGGGGCAGAAGGUCCGGCCGAACCGUGCCCUGGCGAAGCUUCGGAUGGCUGAUGUUCUGGCCAUGGCUGGCCAAUUUUUGGAUGGCAGCCUCGACAUUAUGUUCGUGUGCCAGGGCAAAGCUGAUUGGAUUGUCGACGUGGAUAUGUGCCUUGAGCAGUUGAAAGGUUUGCCAAAUCCCAAGUGCGUGAAGAUGCAAAUUCUCCAGGCUGAGGUCACAUCUGACGUUUGCGUCGUGAAUGCGUGCAAGUGCAUCCACGUCUUGAAGACUCCCGGUUUGCGCUUAUCGUUGAGAUUCAGCAAAUGGCUUCCUGUCAGUCAUGGGUUUCCCUAG